AUGAUACCGUUAACGCACAAGGAUCGUAGCAAUUGUAGCUAUCGGAUCAAGGAGAAGUUGAACAGUUGGAAGCGUCUUAUAUUUUCGGAUCGAAAUUCGAGAAAUCUUUUUCUUUUUCUGUUACUUAAUUUAAGUUUUGCGUUCGUGGAACUAUUUUAUGGCAUAUGGACGAAUAGUUUAGGACUUAUAUCCGACUCAUUCCAUAUGUUUUUUGACUGUACCGGUCUUUUGGCUGGAUUAGCUGCUUCGGUGAUUACUAAGUGGAAAGCAAAUGAUAAGUUCUCUUAUGGUUAUGUGCGUGCUGAAGUUUUAGCAGGCUUUGUUAACAGUCUAUUUUUACUGUUCAUCGCUUUCUUCAUUUUAUCUGAGGGUGUUGAACGGUUGAUUGAACCCCCAGAGGUAAAACACGAACGACUGUUUGUAGUAUCAGUGCUAGGACUGCUAGUGAAUCUCGUUGGUAUAUAUGCGUUUCAACACGGUCAUGGACAUUCCCAUGGAGGGGGCGGUGGACAUGGUCAUUCUCAUGGCGGUGGUGGUCAUGGUCAUUCUCAUGGUAUGAAUAAUCAUAUUGAUUUAAAUAAUCACAAUCAACAGUCGAUAACUAUGGAUGUCGGGCAUGGUCAUAGCCAUGACGGAGGGCACCGACAUUCGCACGCUAUCACCGAUGACAUCUCUGGAAGCAAUUCACAAAUUAUGCGUGGUGUUUUUCUACAUAUUUUAGCCGAUACCCUUGGCUCUGUGGGUGUUAUCGUUUCUGCGGUGCUAAUGCAAAUGUUCGGCUGGAUGAUUGCUGACCCCAUUUGCUCUAUAUUCAUAGCAUUACUCAUCGCUAUGAGUGUGCUGGGUCUUAUAAAAGAAUCAAUACUAAUAUUAAUGCAACGUCAACCAUCAGCUCUGGAUCGAGCGCUGCCGCAGUGCUAUCAGAAGGUAACUGGGUUGGCAGGAGUUUACGCUGUGCAAGAUCCUCACUUCUGGACAUUAUGUUCGGACGUGUAUGUGGGUGCAAUUAAAUUAGAGGUUUCCAAAAACGUAGAUCCCAAAUAUGUAGUGACGCAUGCGCGUAUGAUAUUUGAGUCUAUUGGUGUUAAACAGAUAUAUAUACAAUUAGAUUACGUAUGAUAAUGACCGACUAUAAAGGAAUGCAUCUAACUAAUAUAAAUUUUGAUAUCCUGAAUCAAUUAAACUGGGAUUAACCAUAUGAGAACGAAACUUGUUUAUUAUUCAAUACUUAAAGUAAGCUCUAUGCAUUUCUUUGAAUCAAAUUAUUAGUUCUACUAUUAAUUUAUCAAGUAAGGGAUAUUUAUAUAUUGUGUAGAUAAAUUUUCUUAAAAAAAAUCCUUAAAAUCAUGUUUUCUACUAAUUUAUUUCAUAAUGUGGCUUUGUAACAGCAUUGUUAUGUGUAGUAAUACAUAUUUAUUUUAUUAGCAUUUUGUGAAUGUACGAAAUAACGAAAUUGAGUAAUUACGAAAAUCUUGAAUAAUCCUUUAUUAAGGAUCUAAUAUACAAUAAUGAAUUAUUUUAGUGCAAUCAUUCCAUUACAAGAAUUAAACGAAAACCGAUCAAUAUUUUAA